UUGUCUUGCUCACUGCAACUCUGCAUUCAUGGACACCUACAAGCUUCCCACCCCCUUCCUUUUUUGCACUAAGCUCCUCUCCUACUGCACCCCGCCCUUCUUCCGGCGUAUGGGCGGCGGCGGCGGUGGUACACCCCUCCUAGGGAGGGUUGCCAUGGGCGUGGCCGCGGCCGCCUACGUUUUGAUGGUGCUGAUCGCGGCCAUGGUUGCGGCCGCGGUCAUAGGCUUCGGGCUGGUCAAUUCGUGGGCGGAGCAGCCGGUUUACGUUAAGGAGAGCGUGCAGUUUGAUUACAGCGACGCUCAUCCCACCGCCCUCUUGACCUUCACCAACGGCCCAGCCGUGCCGCCCGGCCACACCGUCUUCGUCACCUUGUCCCUCCUGAUGCCCGACUCCGAUUACAACCGAGACGUCGGCAUAUUUCAGCUGAGCGCCGAGCUGAUCUCGGCGCAAGGAGGCGUGAUCGCGAGGUCGAGCCAUCCGAGCAUGCUCCGUUUCUGGAGCUGGCCGAUCAGGUACGCCCGCACGUUUCUGAUGGGCGUCCCGCUGGUGUUCGGGGUGACGAGCGAGACGCAGAGGGUGACCUUCCCGGCCCUGAGGCACAAGGAGGCGGCGUAUCCUCGGACAGAGGACAUCCGCCUCACCUUGUUCCCGAGGGCGGGGACUACGGCCCUCCCGCAGUUCUAUGACGCGGAGGUCGUGGUGCGGUCGCGGCCUCCUUGGCUCAAGGAGGUCGUGUAUCGCUGGAGGCUGACCUUGUCGGUUUGGAUGAGCUUUGGGGGGAAGCGUUACGAAGAGGUGGAGCCUCGAGAGGCGGCGGCGGUGGAGGAGAGGCAAGUAGUGUCUGAGUCUCUAGAGAGAUGGCAGACGAGGAGAAGUAAAAGGAAGGCUGCCCUUCUUCAAGCAUCUAGCAUCACCUGCAGCCUCCAAGAAGGCUCUGGUGAUUCUGAAUCUGUUUGCUCCUAAUUUUUACUUCACACCACACUCACAUACUAGUGUUAUAGAAUGAAUGGUUAGUCUUUGAUUUACUGUGUAACAAAUUUUCUGCUUUCUUUUUCAAAUGACCAAAUUAAAUCUCUGCA